AUGGUUUUCUCUAUAAUAUAUUUAAUAAUUUCUUGUGGCUCAGCGUAUGGAUGGGGUGGCGAUGGUCAUUCUCUUACAGCUGCUAUCGCUCAAACCUUAUUGACUAAUGACUCAUUAAAUUUUGUUCGUGAUCAUUUACCUUGGUAUACAUCAGGAAAUAUUAGUAUGUUAGCAUCAUGGCCUGAUUAUAUUAUUUAUCCUGAUACGAAUCCUGUUGAUUAUCUUAAUUGGCAAUGGUCAAAAGAAUUACAUUAUGUUGAUACAACAGAUUGGUCAUGUGUUUAUGAUCGAGAACAAGAUUGUAAUUGGAGUAGCGGACAAGAAUGUGUUGAUGGAUCAAUUCAAAACUACACAGCAAGAUUAGCUGAUACACAACAAGAUGAAAUACAACGAAAUGAAGCACUUAAAUUUCUUAUUCAUUUUAUUGGUGAUGCACAUCAACCGUUGCAUGCUGGUUUUCGAGGUGAUCGUGGUGGUAAUAGUAUUCGAGGUCAUUUUUUUGACAAAGAAACAAAUCUUCAUUCACUUUGGGAUACUGUAAUGAUUGAGCGUCGUAUUUCUCAAGAUUUUCAUUCUCAACCUUUAUUAUAUCUUGAUUAUUUGAUUAAUCAGAUGAAAACUCGUUAUGCACAAAAUAUAUCCGAUUGGACACAUUGUCCAUCAUCGGAUGAGUCACGUUAUCUGGCAUGUUCUACAUCAUGGCUUAUAGAAGAUGCAAAACUCAAUUGUGAACUUGUUUAUCGUGAUGAAAAUAAUCAACCAAUGAGUGUUUCAAAAGAAUUUAAUCUUGGUCAAACAUAUUAUAAUACACGAAUGGUUAUUCUUGAACAACGACUUAUUCAAGGUGGCUUAAGAUUAGGAACAGGUAAUUAG